AUGGAUCUCGUUCGAAAUAUUGUCGAAAGUGUGUUAAAUAGAAAGAGAUACAAUGAACAAAUGGCCGAUCAAUGGACUCAACAGAUCAUUCACUCGUGUCAGCAAUCGCUAACCGACAUUCAACAAUCCUUUCGAACAAUAGUUAGUGCAGUGAUCGUUCCAAAGAAGAUCGAUAAUGUUCAUAUGGGCAAUGGUUGUCUGUGGGAUUUUGGGAUUGACGGAAGUACGAUAGUUGAAUGGGAAAAUGAAUGGAUGUAUUGUGUGGUAUCGAUAUUUGCAAUAUCACCGUUUGUAACUGUGCAACAAGUCAAUUGA